AUGUCCCUCAUACUAUCGCUGCUUUUAUUGAUUCUUAUACGAAUAGGUGAAGCAUGUAUGCCCGGCUAUGAAGCGGAAAGAGACAAGUUGAGAGAACAUCUCGGCAUCGAAUGGGUUCCGGGUGGAUUGAAAGAGAACUCAUACAGCGAUGAUAAGACAAUCCGGCAUGCGUCCGAUCUCGACUGUAACUUUGCGGAACCGAAAAAAUGCAAAUGGAAGAACGUCGAAGACAAAUGGGGACUGGACUCGUUGGAUUUCUACCUCUUCGAAAAAGUCGACUUCACCGAGUUUCCAGCGUUACGUGUAGGUCCUGGACCCACAAAAGUCCACCAAGGAGAGAAAAUGAUUUUCACUGGCGACAAGAAAAGAGAGGAACAGCACGCGAUUUAUUUGUCCUCGUUAAUCGGCUGUCAAAAUGCAACUGGAAACCUCACAUUCACAUACUGGGCAUAUAACAGUGCACAAGUGGAAGUUGUGCUGUUUGAGGAUAAGCCUGGAGGAGGAUACAAAAUGUUGCCAGAAAAACCCUAUGUCGAUUGUGGAACUGUAAAGAUGAACACAGAAUGUCAUGCUGAUAUUCCUGCGCGAGAAACACCUUUCAGAAUUGGUAUUCGUGCUUACGACAUGUCUAGUCAGGAAGGUUCUUUCGUGAUGUUGGAUAAUAUCCUGUACACGGCAUCUUUAUGCAGAGUAGCCAUCGAUAUGGGCGAUGGAUUUACUGCUAUUCCACUGCGCUCCUCAGCAACAGGGAAACCAAUCCGAUCUGCCGCUGAUCUCGACUGUAAGGAUUUCGACGCUUGUCGUUGGAGAGCUGGUGGCGAAGCGGCUAAGCCAUGGCAAGCAUCAUCAUCAUCGCUUCCACAAGAGUUGAUAUUUAACACCACUGGGAACUAUGUGGGUCCUGAAGGUACCUACAGUGUACUGUACAUUGAACAGGACACAAAGGGACCUCUCGACUAUCUUCGUUCUGAUCCAAUCAAUUGUCAGAGUCAAACAGAAAACACACUCUCGUUGAGAUUCUGGAAAACAAAAGAAGUUGAGCUUGAGGCUUGCGCUAUGACUCUAAUGGACGAAGAGAUUGAAUGUCAUGUUCUACCAUCAGAAAUGAGUCCUGCGCCUGUCUCUGUGUCGUUCGCCAAUGCUGCGAAAAACUUUGUGAUCACUCUUCGAGUGAAAUCGUUCAAUCCGGAUUUCGACUCAUUGGUUAUCAUCGAUGACAUCUCCUACCGAGCCACAUUGUGCAGUGACGCGCUCAGUGUAUUUGACCUCGGCGAACACUUCCUCAGCACACCAAUGCUGAGUCUAUUGCUGAACAGGAACGUGAACUCCGCAAAGGAACUAUCUUGCGAUUUCUCGAGGAGGGCAGCAGAUUGCGUAUGGGGAUCAACCGAAUCCACGACAGGAAAUGAGGAUACGGAAAUAGCUGAGAAUCAAUGGAUGGUUGGACAUGGUCCAUUAAAUCAGGAAAAGUUCUACUCACUCACUGGACUCAAUAAUUUGCCAGAUGGAGAGUUCGCGGUUGCUCGAAUGGAAACCGGCGGAUCCACGAUGUUACUAUCCGAAGUGAUUCGAUGUGUUCUCAACGAAGUCAGCAUUCAGUUUAAUCUCUGGCUCACUGGAACUGCAAAAUUGCAGGUAUGCCUAGCGGAUGAGUCAGCACCUUCAUUGCUGGAUUGUCAACCGGCAUCUGCAGGUCCGGUGGUCGUGGACCUCCCUAGGAUCGAGAGACCAUUCCGAAUUGCUCUUCGAGCAGAGUCUCCUGACCAGGGGAUGGUGAUAGUCGACGACAUCAAAGUCCAGACGGACAAUGUUGCGCAACUAAGAGGAUCGAAUACCAGCACGGAGACUGACGAAACCAAUAUCGGUAGUCACAAGUGCAACGUUGGCUGUGCAAAGAUUAACUCGUCAGUGAAAUCCAUGCACCUGACAUUCGUCGAAGUCGUCGACAAGCGCUGCAUAGAAGUGAUUACUUGGAGGAAUAUCUUUCUUGAAGGAGCCAUUCGAACCGAUAUGUGGAAUGAUUACAAAUUUGUGAAUCUCAUCUGCAGCCAGAGAAGAUUCGCAGACAGCACAGUUUCAAUGGAGAUCCUUGGGUAUGAUUACUUCUUCGAGACUUUGUGGGAUUGGGAGAAAGCAAUAGCGAGAACCUUCAACGAACUGUGGCAGGGAGAACUGUGCCCUUCGGUGCUUCGACAGUAUUCGUCAAAAUCCUACCAUACUCUGGCUGAUCAACCGGAUCCAAAUGCUUGUCGACUUCUUUCUUGUGAUUUCAGUCGAGGUCACACUUGUCUCUACGAUUCCAGUCGUCUUCAGAAUAGCGCCCGUCACGAGGUUAUAAAUCGGUCGGUUGUGUCACGAUUAGAUGCUUUUCACACCAUAUCUAUACUAGAAUCGCCGAUUUUUCAUCUGAACACCAUUGCUCGAUUACAUUUCAAUUAUAUGUUGGAGGGCGAAGUAAUUCUCUUCGUCUGCAAUGACAGUGCGAACAAAGAGUUGGAGAGUUGCUUUAAAGUGGAAGGACGGCAAGGUGAAGACUACAUAGAAAUGCUACCAAGUGACACUAAGGUGUACUUGAUAGCGAAGUUGUCAGAAACAUCCAAUGUAACUUCUACGAGAUCUGGUAGAUUUACGAUCCAUAGGCUUCAACUCACGGACACGUCAGACAUCAACGCUUGUUGA